GACCGGCAAGAUGGCGAUGGGGAAAGGCUACCGAAUAUUUCACAAGGUUCCACCGGACCGUGAAACUCCAUAUAGUGUUAUAAUGGAGAGCAAAUCAAAGGAUGAAAGUCUAAUGUUCGAGUCCGAUGCAGUGGUGGUCUUAUCCUCGGCGGAGAUGGACACUAUCAGGAAGCAGUAUACCAAGGUGCUUGAUGCCUACGGUUGUCUGGGGGUUCUAGGCGUCAACUUAGGCCGAGAGAAGAUCAUGUACCUGGUGAUGGUGUCGGGUUGUCUCUCUGUGGGCAAGAUUACAGAAUCAGAAGUAUUCAAGGUGACCAGUGUUCAGUUUGUGUCGUUACGCAAUGAGCCUACAGACGAGGAUAGGAUUGUGGAGCUUCGGAAACUGCUGUCAUCUGGAACAUUCUACUUCUCCUGGUCUCAGACAGGUGCGCCCUGGGACCUCAGUCUGUGUGCUCAGCGAAAACAGCAGGACACGGAGACUGACAACAGAUUCUUCUGGAACCGGAUGCUGCACGUGCACCUACAGAGAUACAGCAUAGACUGUGGUCAGUGGCUGCUGAAGAUCAUGUGUGGCGGGGUUGAGAUCCGCACCAUCUACGCCGCUCACCGCCAGGCCAAGGCGUGUCUCAUCACUCGUCUCAGCUGCGAGAGGGCAGGCACUCGCUUCAAUGUUCGGGGCACCAAUGAUGACGGACAUGUGGCCAACUUCUGUGAAACUGAACAGGUGACAUUUCUAGACGAUCAAGUGAGCUCUUUCAUCCAGACGCGAGGCUCAGUUCCGCUGUUCUGGGAACAAACAGGGAUACAGGUUGGCUCUCACAAAAUCCACAUGUCGCGUGGGUACGAGGCAUCCGCCCCAUCCUACGAUCGCCACUUGCAGAUGAUCAAGAAGCAGUAUGGAGACCAGGUCCUCGUCAAUCUGCUGGGAUGCAAGGAAGGAGAGAAGAUGCUCAGUCAGGCUUAUCAGAACCACCACAAAGCAUCUGUACACAGUCAGGACACGCCCUACUAUGAGUUUGACUACCACUCAGAAGUCCGAGGCAAUCUUAAAAACUUGGAAAAGCUCAAGAGCAGAAUAAUCAAACAUGUUCACAACUUUGAAUUUUUCGACUCCGAGAAAUCUGGAAUCAAAAGACAGCAGACGGGGACCAUCCGGACCAACUGUGUGGACUGCCUGGACCGGACUAACUCUGUACAGAGCAUGAUAGGGAUGGAGAUCCUGCCGAAGCAGAUUGAAAGUCUGGGACUAGCCAACAAGCCACAGAUGUUGUCAAGGUUCCAGGAGGUGUACAAGCAGAUCUGGGGGCUCAACGGCGACCAUGUUAGCAAGAUCUAUGCUGGAACAGGUGCACUUGGUGGUGGGAGGUCAAAGUACUCAGACGCAGCUAGAUCGGCAACUCGGACCAUACAGAACAACUUCCUCGAUAACAGUAAACAGGAAGCCAUUGAUAUCCUGUUGCUAGGCAGCUCUUUAUAUGGAGAGCUGGCAGACAAGGCCAGGUCAUUGCUGAGUCCCCGGUGUCUUCAUGCUGCCCCCAGCAUCCUGUACGGCAUGGUGCAGCGAUAUAAGGAGUACACCAAGCCCACACAACUCAGGGUCGGGGUCGGUACGUGGAACGUCAAUGGCGGCAAACACUUUCGUAGUGUGGCGUUCAAACACCAGUCUGUCAGUGACUGGCUGCUGGAUGCACACAAGAAGGCAAAACCAGGCACCUUGGAAGAUGAGUCGGUUGACUAUGAGAAGCCUGUGGACAUUUAUGCAAUAGGGUUUGAGGAAAUAGUGGACUUGAAUGCAAGCAACAUCAUGAGUGCAAGCACAGCAAAUGCCCGUGAGUGGCAAAAGGAUUUGUUGAAGACGAUCUCGCGAGACAACAAAUAUGUGCAGCUGACUCACAUUCAGUUGGUGGGCGUCGUCCUCUACGUCUUCAUCAGGCCACACCUUGCGCCAUUCAUUAGAGAUGUGGCUAUAGAGAAGGUGAAGACUGGCCUGGGGGGUGCUGCCGGGAACAAGGGUGGCGUGGCAAUACGUAUGUUGGUUCACAGCACGUCAGUGUGCUUUGUGUGUGCUCAUCUGGCAGCAGGCCAAUCUCAGGUCAAUGAGAGGAACGCUGACUAUGUGGAGAUUACGCGCAAAAUGAUGUUCCCAAUGGAUGUGUGUAUGGGCCGGACUAUCUCUAGUCACGACUACGUGUUCUGGUGCGGAGACUUCAACUACCGCAUCGACAUGGACAUAGACCAGGUGAAGGACCUGGUCCGCAGUGAGAACUGGGCAGCACUGCAGCACUAUGACCAGCUCAAUGUACAAAGGGCGGAGGGCAAGUCGUUUGCUGGAUUCAACGAGGGGAAGACCAACUUUCCACCAACCUACAAGUACGAUCUGUUCAGUGAUGACUACGACACCAGCGAGAAGUCCCGCACACCAGCGUGGACAGACCGGGUGCUGUGGAGGCGCAAACACCUCCUGCCCAGAGAACAGGAGGAAGAUGACCCCAGCUGGAGUGAGGGGAAGCUGAUACUGUAUGACCGGGCGGACCUGAAGACAUCAGAUCACAGGCCUGUGCUGGCCCUGCUGGACAUUGAUGUGCUGGCUGUUGACGAGGCUUGCAAGGAGAGAGCGAUGCACGAGGUUGUAGCUCACCAGGGACCACCAGAUGGCACUGUCAUCGUGUCACUGGCCUCAGGGGCGGAGUUUGACGAUGAUACUAUCGACCAGGUGGUCAGCACUUUCACUGAGGUGGGGGACGUCACAGUGGUCAGAUUUGUGGGCAGUGACAUGUGGGUCAUCUACAAGAGUGGUGACAGUGCUCUCGACGCCCAGGCUCUCGACCAGCAGCAGGUCAACGGGGAGACUAUCCGGGUGAGACUAUGCACUCCAGACUGGCGUAAUGUCAUCGAGAAAGAGCUGAAAAUGUGUGCCCUCAACACAACAGCUUUGUACAAUCAGUUCUCCAACAGUCUACUGGGAGACGACUUCAGCAUGCCCGCCAUGGACUAUGUCAUGGAUGAUGACGAGGGGGACCUUCUCGCUGGGGACGACGCCAUGCUGCCCGCUCCCCUGGCUCCACUGUCCAGGAACAGCAGUCCAUCAUCCUCAGGCCGCAACAGUCCAGCUGUACAGGAGGAAACACUGACUGACAUCCCUGGGGGACCCCCAGGAGGACCCCCGAGUCGACCCCCAGCAGCCCCCUCCCGCCCUGACAAACCUCCGCCACGCCCUGCAGCUGGCCCUGGUGCUGGUGUUGUGCCUCCGGGUGGGGCUGAGGGCCUCAUUGUUCCAGAGCCUGGGGCCAGACUUCGGAGCGCACCUUCGCCUGAGAUGCCCCGCAAACAGCCUCCACAGAGGCCCGGUGCCCCUCCUGCUAAGCCUCCACCCCCACAGCGUCCCCCCGGGGGGCCACCUAAAGCAUCAUCUAGUCAAGGCCCCCCAGGUUCUCCCGGGAGGAAUGUGGGGAGAGAGGCCCCCAAGAUCCGCCAGCCCCUCCGCCCCCCACCCUCAGCCAACGUGAAGGCCAGGAAGGGAGGUCCCCGCGUGGUUGAGUCCCUGUGGCGGUCACUGAGCAGUGUGUCCAUGAAGGCUGUGGGCAGCGCGGUGUCCUCCUGGUGGCACACUAUCACACCUCUCAUCACCUUCUCCCAGCCCCUAGCCAGUGCUGAAGAAACUCCAAUCACCUUCACGCUUCCUGUGUCUACAGAGGACCGAGCCUGCAGCCAGACCUUCAUCACAGAGGACACACUGUGCAGCUACACACGGCCACCGUGUGGAGGUGUGACAACCUAUACACAGCCCCUAGAGUGGCAGGGAAAGUCGGCCUCAUACACAAAGCCAUCUACUGAUGAUGCAGUCGAGACCUACAGUGAUCCCCUAGAAUAUCCCAUCAAUAACAUCACUCACAUCUCGCCACUCCCUCAAGUUGAAACACACAGCUCGUCUGCCAGAGAAGGCUUCACGAGUUCUGUUCAGCCUUUGCUCAGUACCGAGAUUCAGAUAUCCACUGCACAUUCCCUCAAGAGCAGGGAUGAUGAUGAUGAUGAUGAUGAUGAUGAUGAUGACUUUCAAGCAACAUUCAAUAGUUCAAGUGAUGACACUCAAAUGUCAUGCAUGGCCAAGCAAUACACAAGCAACAAAACUGACCAAGCUUCUCAAAUAGUACCAAUAAAUGGCAUCAGAUCUCCCUUGGAAACAGAGGUCCAACAGAAAGUACCCUCUACAGAAUGUACCAAUAUUUCCCCAAGUCCUGAGGUCCAACCAAUAUGUAAUACUGGGAUCAAACGCUGUUGUUGCUCUACAGAGAGUACCAAAGAAAGCCAACAACAGCAUAUAGUCUGCCUUGAUGGUCAGUUCCAGCACACUACAUGUAUUGCCAAACAAGGAAGACAAGUCUUGGUUCUGUCUCAACACCUUCCUGAGGUGACCACCAUUAUGCAACUAUCACACAGCACACAGGCCAUGCUCAGAGCAGAGCAACAACUCCUCCCCAAGCCAGCAACAGCUUCUCCCUACACGCUGGUCUCCCUCACUGCACCAUUGGCUCACCCACAUCAACCCCUGACUGCCUGCUCUGGAGCCUGGCAACUGGAGGCCAUACUGCCUAGCAUAUCUCAUCCAGAUGCUCCAUUAUCACUUACAGGAUUCACCGAAUGCAUUCAAUUCAAAUCUUCUCUUACUCAACUUUCAAAAGACAUACCACAUCCUCCUCUGCUACAGGGGAAAGUAGGUCUGUUCAUGACACACAUUCAAGCAAUGCUUGAAGCUCAAACAAUUGGUCAUCUUGAUGAGGGUACAAUCACACUUAUCAAGAGCCUUGUUCAAUUUACACCAUGGAUUGAACAACUGGUAAAACCAGGAAGACAGGAAACAAAAGCUGUGUUACCUUUUAUACAACUUCAACCAUAUGCUGAAAAGAAACUUAAAUCAUUUGGCUACACCAAGUCAGAACAAGGAAAAUCACCUUGUAGAGCUGUAUGGUCAGUAGAUAGCAUGAAAAUAAUGGACUGUGAAAAGAAAAGCUUCAAUCUGGCAACACUGAUCCAAGCAGCUUCCAACAAUAGUGACACAACAGCUACACAGGGGCCUGAGGAGGCAUCAGAGAAGAAAGAGGGACGGUUUGUGUUGGGCAAGGGUGGAUUUGCAAAAUGUUACGAAUUAACAGACUUGGACUCAAAGGAGGUGUUUGCUGGGAAGAUUGUGUCCAAAUCUCUACUUGUGAAACAACAUCAAAAAGACAAGAUGGCACAGGAGAUAGCAAUUCACAGAGAACUGAACCAUCGUCAUGUUGUACAGUUUCGAUCAUUCUUUGAAGAUUCUGAUAAUGUCUACAUAGUACUGGAACUUUGUCGAAGAAGGUCACUGAUGGAAUUGCACAAGAGGAGGAAAGCCAUCACAGAGCCAGAGGCUCGGUACUUUGUGAAGCAGGUGGUCACUGCUUGUCAGUACCUCCAUCACAAUAAGGUUAUACACAGGGAUCUCAAGUUAGGCAACCUCUUCAUCAAUGACGAGAUGGAGAUCAAGAUCGGUGAUUUUGGUCUGGCCACUAAAGUAGGCUAUGAUGGAGAGAGGAAAAGAACACUGUGUGGAACACCUAACUACAUUGCACCAGAGGUUCUGUGUAAGAAAGGCCACAGUUUUGAGGUGGACAUCUGGUCACUGGGCUGUAUUCUAUACACAUUGCUGGUAGGCAAGCCCCCAUUUGAGACCUCGUGUCUCAGAGAUACAUACAUGAAAAUCAAGAAGAAUGAGUACAACAUCCCGUCCCGUGUGAGUCUCCCGGCGCGGAACCUGAUCGGCAAGAUGCUGAAGGCCGACCCCACAGACAGACCCACGAUUGACCAGAUCAUGGAGGAAGAGUUCUUCUCCUCGGGCUACCUCCCCAACAAUCUGCCCACCAGUUGCCUCACUAUGGCUCCUCGGUUUGAUACGCUCUACAAGUCAGAAGGUCUUCAUCGUAAACCUCUCCUGGAGAUUAAUGAUAUGCGUGCUCAGUCAGCAGACCCUACAAAGAGGGAAAUGGAGAAGAAAGAGAGUGACAAGGCACAAGCAAGAUGUGGCAGUGAGUCUCAGGACAACUGGUUGACUGACUUGUGUGGACAGUUGUCAGCUGUCGUGGCAGCUAAACCAGGGGAGAAGAUCUGUAUACAGGACGAUGAUGCUAUUGAUCCUGCAUGCAUCCCUAUCUACUGGGUGAGCAAGUGGGUGGACUACUCAGACAAGUAUGGCCUCGGCUACCAGCUUUGUGAUAACAGUGUAGGAGUACUCUUCAAUGACUCAACUCGACUUAUACUACUGGCUAAUGGAGAGAACACACAGUACAUUGAGAGAGAUGGCACAGAACACUACCACACUCUGAGGGCAUUCCCCGAGAAUCUCACCAAGAAAGUGACACUGCUGAAGUACUUCAGGAACUACAUGAAUGAACACCUCCUCAAGGCUGGAGCCAACAUGACUCCCCGAGAGUCGGACCAGAUUGCUCGCCUGCCAUUCUUGCGAACAUGGUUCAGGACAAGGAGUGCCAUGGUUUUGCAGCUGAGCAAUGGAACUGUACAGAUCAAUUUUUUCUCUGACCACACCAAGAUCAUUCUGUGCCCUCUGAUGGCAGCUGUGACAUACAUUGAUGAAAAGAGAGACACUACCACAUUCAGACUAAAUCUAAUUGAGAAGUUUGGAUGCUCAAAAGAACUAAGUGGGCGCUUGCGUUAUGCUCGCUCUAUGGUGGAAAGGCUACUCACAACCAAAUCAGGCUCAGUUCGAGGCAGAUCAGCAGCAUCUUAGACAUGAGACAGUGUUCAGUCCUUGACUGAGUGACUCGAUAUCGUCGUGACCAAGCUCCAGUCCCACCAUGCAAUGCAGCAUUCCUGCAGCAGUGAAGCACAUUGAUAUUGUUGCUCUGCACAGGGUACGAGUUGACAUCGCAUGUACUACACCAGGAGAUCAACUUUGCUUGCUUAUCAAAUAGGAGUCUCAAUGUGGAUCUGGGUUACUGUUAUUGCAGAGUAAUGUCAUAUGUCAGUUUAAGUGCUUUAGUCACAUGUGCAUUACAGAAAGUGCUGGAAUAUUUGGUCGAUUCGUAGACAUCUCCUUAUGGAUUCUUAUCAACAUGUGAGAAAAGAGAAAAAAUAUUUUUGAUGGUUUUUGUUUUGGGUAUUUUUUCUUUUACAUAGGUUUUGUGUAAUACUUUGUGCUUUCUUAUAGAAACCUAUUUCUGUCGCUGAAGGUCGUAUGUGAAAAAGUAACUGGUCAAUACAUCUGUACAUUGUCUUCCAUGAAGAAGGGGCAUUAUUUCUGUCUGUCCCAGUCAACAUUUGUGUCCAAAUAUUACAUAUUCUAUGACAUGCAUCCACUACAUUGCAUACAAACAUGACAUAAAUAGGCCCCUUGCAGUCAAGGUGUACAGAGCACCUGUAGGUAGCCCUUUUAGCUAUGUAAGCACAUAGAUAUCUCUAACAUCUUGUUUUUUUGCAUGGGACUGUGAUAAGCCAAUAGGAUUUGUGAUGCCCUAACCAAUCAAUCACUUCAUAACAUGCCGUUUUUGGUAAUCUUUUGUAAAUAGUAUUCCCGACACCUGGGCAAGUGAUAUCUAGCUGCCUUGUGUCACCAGUCUGUACAAACCAUUUAUCAUCAUGAUAACUUAUCAAGUAAAUUGCCGCAGUGGUGAAAUGUUUUGUGUUCUUUGCCCGUGAUGUGGUCUCAGGGUCAGCCAUGCUUGUGGUAGCCGUGAAGAUGGUGUGUAAGAACUGGUGACCAUGUUUAUUGUAAAAUGAAUUUUCAGGACAAAUGCCAGGAAAACUUGUAUUGGAUUGUAACAUAGUUCAGAUUUUCAUCACUGUGGUGUUACGACGUGUGGUUGUGCUAUUCCUGAAGAAAAUAAAUCAUUGCACAUGACCUCAUGUUCAGAAUAAAUCUGUUACAAUGUU